AUGGCGGCUUUACAAGAGGUCGUAGUGGCGGCGGCGUCGGUGGAUUCGCCCGUGUGCGUCUGGGACCUCACCACCGGGUCGCUUCUCGCGUCGCUAGUGUCGUCCUCGUCGCAGCGCCGCGGGCUGUGCGCAAUGGGACGCGACCACGUGGCGGUGUCGCAGCUGACGCGUGGCGAGUCCAAGGCGGGCGCCGUGAACGUGUGGUCGUGGAGGAAGUCCGCGGUGGCGGUGCGCAGCCCAACGACGGAGGCCAUAGGCCCGCUGGCGGCGACCGCGGACGGCGUGUACCUGUGCGGGGGCGGCGUGUCGGGGCGCGUUUACGUGUGGGAGGCGGCGACCGGGCGGCUGCUGCGCGUGUGGGCGGCGCACUACCGCGCGGUGACGUGUCUUGCGCUGUCGGACGACGACGCGCUGCUGGUGUCGGCGGGGGAGGACAGUAUCAUCCACGUCACACCCCUCGUGCGGAUACUAGACGGGGUGAAUCAACCAGGGGGAGGAGGCGGGGGAGGCGGGGGGGCCGGGAGCGGCAAGGGCGGAGGGGGAGCGGAGGGGUCAGGGGGUGUGCAGCCCAUGUACACGUGGCAGCAGCACCAACAGGCCAUCACGUCCCUGUGGAUGGCAGCGGGCGGGUCUGUGCCCCGCACUCACCUCUUCCUCUGCUUCUCCUUCUGUAUCGCUCCCGCUGUCCCUCCCCUCUCCUCCCGUCCCAUCAGGCCAUCACGUCCCUGUGGAUGGCAGCGGGCGGAGUCAACUCGGUGCUUGUCUCCUCGUCCUCUGACCACUCGUGCAAGGUGCGCUGCUGUCUGUCUGUCACAGGAGACUCUCUUUUCAGAAUGCAUUGCUCGUCCGCUCGUCCCUUCCCUGCAUAUAUGCAUCGCUGCUUGCCUCGACGCCUGCCUCGCUGCCUGCAUACCCGACGUUCACGCACUCAGUUCACCUCUUCUCCCUCCCUCCUCUCCGACCUGCCAUUCUCCCCUCAUUCCUUCCCUCUCUUUCCCACUUCCAUCCAUGAUCCCCCUCCCCCCAUUCUCCCCUCGUUAUCCCCUUUUCUUUUCCCACCCCUCAUUCCCCCCCUCCCCAAAUUCUCCCCCCCCCGCCCCGCCGUAUCAGAUCUGGAGUCUAGCGAUGGGCGCGCUGCUGCGGUCAUACGUCUUCCCAGUGGCCGUGACAGCAGCAGCCAUGGAUCCGGGCGAGUACACGCUGUACGCGGGGGGAGCAGACGGCAACAUCUACCUCACGGCGCUCAACUUCACGGCUGUCAGCAGCAGCGCCAUGGACCCCAUGACGCAUGACGACGCGCUGAUCGGCCACAGGUGGGUGUGUGUGGUGCGCGGUGCAGUGCUGUGGGGAGGGAUGCCACGUUCAGCCGUGCGAUGCUGUGUCACACAUGCUCACUGUCGCCGCUCCCGCCUAUCCUGCCCCCUCCUUCCCCCCAACAGUCACAGUCACAGCAUCAACAUCAGCAUCACAGCAUUGGAGUUCAGUGCGGAUGCGGUGUCUCUGGUGUCGGCAUCAGAGGAUUGCACGGUAUUACGUCUCAUCUCUCCCCUUCCGCCCUUCUCCUCCGCUCUCCCCCCCUUCGACAACAACAUCAGUCACAGCAUCACAGCAUUAGAGUUCAGUGCGGAUGCGGUGUUGCUGGUGUCGGCUCACAGCAUCACAGCAUUGGAGUUCAGUGCGGAUGCGGUGUCACUGGUGUCGGCAUCAGAGGAUUGCACUGUGCGCGUGUGGGACACUGUCACUCGCCAACUGCUCCGCACCUUCACCAACUGCAAAGGCCCUGUCUCCUGCCUGCUGGUCCUCCCCAAGCCCCCCACGCUCUUCCCCUCGUCAGACAUCUCCCGCUCCUCCGCCUCUGCCUCGGCGCGCAAGCCCUCCGCGCUCCCACCCAUGCCUCUGCACAAGUACGCCAACGCCGCUGCCACUGGCCUCACCGGGAGUGAACCCUGGGAGGAGGCGCCUCUGCUGCUGCCGAACGUUGCCGGAGGGGGAGGAGGAGGAGGGGGAGGAUGGGGAGUGGGUGGGGGGUUGGUGCCGGUUCCUGGGAGUGUGGGCGGGGAGAGGGAGGGCGAGGAGUGGGGGGGAGUGGACGGGUGUUACAGCAGCGAGGUGCUGGUGCGGACUGUGGUUGAGACCAAGGAGGACCAAUCGCUGGUAGCGCUGCAGCUGCAGAACGCGCGGCUGCUGAGCAACCUGCAGCGCGCCAACGAGGGGCUCAGGCAGAUGUACCGCCUGGCGAUCUCUGAAACUCCCUCUUCCUUCUCCCUUCUUCCGUCUCCCCUCUCCCUUCCCCCGUCCCCCUUCUCCUGCCCCUCUCCGCACUACCCUAUCCCCUUCACCACCUCCCCUUCCGCUUCCCCCUCUCCCUGUCCGUCUCCCCCCACCGCCCCCCCCGGCCGUCCCGUCCCCCCUGUCUUCCCUUUACCAGGAGGACCAAUCGCUAGUGGCGCUGCAGCUGCAGAACGCGCGGCUGCUGAGCAACCUGCAGCGCGCCAAUGA